UAUUACGCUGCCUGCAGAAACGUUAUCUUUUGGGUUUAACUAUCUUGAGUUCCUCCUAGCAGUUUUGUUCCUUCUCAUGAUUCAGUUUCAUUGUCUAAGAAUAUCGUUUCUGAUUUCUGAGGCCAUUGGAAUACAAAGCCAGCCUCGCCAACAAGGUAGGAAGGGAGAACUAGCUAAUAAUGAGAUGAACUGGUAAGAAAAAAUAUGUACCAAAACAAAAGAUAUAUCAGGUCUGUAACUGUAUAAACAUGAUUAUUCAACCACCCUGUUAAUUCUACCUAUGUAAAGGGCCUUAUUUUAGCAUUUCUUUCAAAAAGUAGUGUCGCUUGUGCUGUUUGUUACACACGGCACCUGCCAAUUGCCAUGAUCAAACCGCAGCGCCUCCAAUGGCAACACCUCAUCUGCAUCACCAUCAACUGGUCUGGUGGCGCGUUAAUCUUAUUCGAGUGGAGUUGGGUUAGGACUUAAUGACAGAACAUAAUUCAACAUAGAUUCAAGCACGUGUCCUCAAUGCCCUCGGGAUUCUCAGUCGAAACCAUUUUACAGUUACAGACUAGAGAACACGCAGAAAUGAGAGAGAGAGAGAGAGAGAGAGAGAGAAGCUGCAAAUAAAAGAAAAGCCGACUGAGUGAUAGAUUCUUGGAGAUAAAUUCUCAGUCUUCCUUCUUUGUGACUAUUCCCCAUUCUCUUAGCUUUCGAAGUCUGGACUCUAAAAGCGGAAGCUUGCUGAGAACACUUUGCACAUAUUGAGGGCUCUCUGCUAAAUUGAGAUUGCGCAAUUUUAAGGAUUUCCUUCUUCUCUUAAAUUUAGCGUGAUGACUGCUGGUGAAGUGUCCAUUAAUAUUCAUGAUCAUGGUGCUGCUCUUGAUGAGAAAAAGAAAAGAGUUCAAUGCAAUUACUGUGGUAAAGUACUGAGUGGUUUCUCCCGUCUUAAGUACCACGUAGGAGGUAUACGAGGGGAUGUAGUGCCAUGUGAAAAAGUCGCUGAAAAUGUGAGGGAAUCAUUCAGAAGCAUGUUGUUAGAAACUAAAAGAGCGAGUCGUGACAAUGAAGUUCAGAAUCUGUAUCACCCAGAUCUCCCUUGGAAGAGAUAUUGUUCCCCUGACUUGAAUGCUGCUAAGCGUAAGAAGCGGGAUGCCAAUCAAACCACAGGUUGUGGGAGUGGAAUGCAUGCAGAGAUGCACUCUGUGGUAGAAGAUGAUAUGACUGAACAUGUUUCAGUUAAUAAUAGAAGAAGAGCCAUGAGUAGUGGAGCAAAGGAAAAUGUAAUGUCAAGGCAAGCUCAAAGAUGCAUUGGCAGAUUCUUUUACGAAACGGGUUUUGAUUUCAGUGCUUCCACUUUGCCUAGCUUCCAGAGAAUGAUAAAUGCCAGUCUUGAUGAUGGUCAUUCAGAGUAUAAGGUUCCUUCUUUACAAGAUUUGAAAGGAUGGAUCCUCCAUGAUGAAGUAGAGGAGAUGAAAACAUAUGUGAACGAGAUUAGUCGUUCAUGGGCAAGCACUGGGUGCAGUGUUUUGCUGGAUGGAUGGGUUGAUGAGAAGGGUCGCAACCUGGUUAGUUUUGUUGUGGAAUGCCCUGGGGGUCCAACUUAUCUCCGCUCAGCUGAUGUUUCAGCUAUCAUUGAUGAUGUGAAUGCCUUACAGUUGUUGCUGGAAGGAGUUAUUGAGGAGGUUGGGAUUGACAACGUAGUUCAAAUUGUAGCUUUUUCUACAGUAGGCUGGGUGGGGGCUGUAGGCGAGCAGUUUAUGCAAAGAUAUUGGUGUGUGUUCUGGUGUGUGAGUGCAUCUCAUUGCAUUGAGCUCAUGCUUGAAAAAAUCGGGGCAAUGGAUUCCAUCAGAAGAACACUGGAAAAGGCAAAGAUCAUUACGAAGUUCAUCUAUGGACAUAAAAAAGUUUUGAAACUUAUGAGAAAUCAUAUGGAUGACUACGACUUGAUAAAGCCCUCCAAGAUGAAGUUGGCAAUGCCUUUCUUCACCUUGGAGAAUAUUCUAUCAGAAAAGAAGAACUUGGAGGAAAUGUUUGAUUCAUUUGAGUGGAAGACCUCAGUCUGGUCUUCCACUGUGGAGGGAAUGCGAGUGGCUCAUCUGGUCGGGGAUCACUCCUUCUGGAGUGGAGCUGAGAUGGCCUCAAAAGCAACCGUGCCACUGCUGCGUGUUCUUUGCUUGGUUAAUGAGGGAGAUAAGCCGCAAGUGGGAUUCAUAUAUGAAACCAUGGAUCAAGUAAAAGAGACAAUUAAAAAGGAAUUCAAAAACAAGAAAUCAGAUUAUACACCUUUUUGGACAGCAAUAGAUGACAUCUGGGAUACGCAUCUCCAUAGCCCUCUACAUGCAGCUGGUUAUUAUUUGAACCCAUGUCUGUUCUAUUCAUCUGAUUUCUACAGUGACCCAGAGGUUACAUUUGGGCUGUUAUGUUGCGUUGUUCGUAUGGUGGCAGACCAGCGCACUCAACUAAAAAUAACAUUUCAGCUUGACGAGUAUAGACAUGCUAGAGGUUCUUUUGAAGAGGGAAAAGCAAUUGUCAAAAGAACCAAUAUUUCUCCAGCUCAAUGGUGGUGUACCUAUGGGAAACAAUGUCCUGAGCUGCAAAGAUUUGCCGUCAGAAUUCUGAGCCAAACCUGUGAUGGCGCAUCUAGGUAUGGCCUGAAGAGGAUUAUGGCUGAGAAGCUCCUCACGGAUAGAAGGAACCCUAUCGGGCAACAAAGACUGAGGGACUUAACGUUCAUUCAUUACAACUUGCAGGUGCAAAACAAACGAUCUGGUUUCAGAAGCGAUGUUGUUAGUGAAGAGAUUGAUCCAAUGGAUGACUGGGUUGUGGACGAAGCACCACAGGAGGUUGUGCCUGAAAAUGGGGACCGUGGAUUGAUGGACUCAGAGGGCAGUGAAGCUGAAGGACAUCGUGGAAUUCAAGCAAAGGAGGAGCCCAUCGAAGAUGCAUAACCACAAAAAUGUAGUGGUAGCUCUCUCGUUUUUUGUUUUUUUGGCUCUUGCAUGGGAUGGAACCAUCAUAUCCUUUUUGUAAUUAGCCUUCUGUUUCUGAAGUCUUUAUAUCUAAAUAUAAUGUAGGAUGUUUAUAUUUUUUUCUU